AUGAGCAGUCGAGUCUCGAUCAAAAUUCCAACACCCUUCGGGAAUAGAUUUAGGAAGGCAUCAGAGAGUGCCUCUCGGACACAAGAUAGCCUUGAUGAUGAUGAAGAUUUAAAUUCUAUUCGAGAUCAAUCGCCAACUCUUUCGUCAUCAUCCAGAAAAGGAGAAAGUACUCCGACACCUACGGAGGCCAAACUGAAUUCAUUGGUUGGAACAACAUUACCAUUCACAAAUAUUUCGGAAUUGAAAAGAAUAAUUCAACAAGAAACGGAUAUAUUAAUAAUUCUGGGAUAUGGCGUGGAAUACAUUCAACCUACAAGAAAAAGUCUGGAGGCAUUGUUAGACUAUGGUCGUGAUCCUGGUGUAGAAUAUAAAAACAAAGUCAAAGUAGUGUUAAUAGAUCAAGAAAUGAAUAGAAAAUUUUGUAAUGAAAAUAAUCUAGUGGUAGGAACCCCAAUUUUGCAAAUGUAUUACAAUUCGAAAAGUGUAAGAUUUAGAUUUCAAGACAGUUUAGUUCAGGACACAAAAGAUUUGUCUGACAAUUCAUCCAUGUCUUCGAGCAAGCCAAAAAAGAGGGAAAAAACAUCAAAGCACGAAGACGAUGAUUUGGAGGAUUUUGAUAUGGGAGAAAAAGGAAGUUCAAAACCCAGGAAUGUAUUUAUUUCACAGCUGCAUUAUUCAAUUAUUCAAGCCCUUGUCGUGCUCACAUUUGACACAAUAGAAGAUAUGGGCAACGACACCUCGAACGAAAUUAUUGUAGAUGUUGACAUGGCUAUUCUUCGUGGUGAUGUGGAACUAGAUCAGGAUGCAGAAGAUAAAUUUGAUUCCACCCUCAGCGAUGAAACAGAUAGUGGAGAAGAAACCGACGACGAUGAAGAUGAAGCUGCAAAAACCUUGCCAAUAACUGCUUCACAAGCUCAGUCCAUGGAUGAUGGCGACGACGAUGAUGAAGACGAUGAAAUGUCAAGAGCCACCAACCUUAAAAAUUGA